AUGAUCUUCCUUUUGUUUAUCCGACGUCAUUCUCCUUGUUCUCUUGCCGAAGACGAGACAACAGGACGGAAAAUGUACGGAUCACUCGAGGGUUUCUUCCUUCAAUCUAUUCUAUCUAUCUAUCUAUCUAUCUAUCUCAGUCCGUUUAUCAUCCUAUCUAUCUGUUCCUAUUUAUCUAUUUUUACAUUAUCUAUUAUCUAUCUAUUAUCUAUCUAUCUAUCUGUGUUUUUCUAUUCAUAUCUAUCUAUUUAUCUAUCUUCUAUUCAUAUCUAUCUAUCUAUCUAUCUUUAUUCAUCUAUACAUAUCUAUCUAUCUCUAUCUAUCUUUCUAUCUAUCUAUCUAUCUAUCUUCCUCAUCUAUUCAUAUUAUUUAAAUAUCUAUCUGAAUGUCUCUUCAAAUCUAUCUUGGUCUUCAACAUAUAUCUAUCUAUGUCAAAUCUCUUCAUAUCUAUCUAUCUAUGACAGUCUAUUCAUAUCAGACUAUCUAUCUAUCUAUCUAUCUAUCUAUCUAUCUAUUCCAUGA